AGUUGUAAACAAAGCUGACAGCUAUUUAGUUAGCUGUUAACUUACAUCUGAAUGGAUGCUGAGCCAGUCGUGUAAAAGGGGCUAGUUUGUCAUAGGAGACGUGUAAUUCUUCCUGAUACAACUUGGCUUUUCUUUCAUAUAAAAAACGCUUCGCGGAAACAUAUAUUUGUUGAAGAUCUCCUGUUAGCUGUCUUCCGUUAGAAGGCUAACGUCUCAACAAGGACGUUAUAAUUAGAUAACGACACACCUGAGCUGAACGGAUAUUGAUUAUAUAUCAGUAUCUGUUUUUUUCUGUUUGAAUUGUUUUCUGGAGGCAGAAAGAGAGAGAGAGAGUUCAUUAGCAGGACAACAAUGUCUACAUCCAACGCUAAUUUCAAGAACAAGUGUGUGACCCAAGUGAACUGUAUAUUCUGUGACAGUCUUCUGUGCACAAGAGGCAUGAAAGCAGUGCUGCUAGCAGACACCGAGGUUGAGCUUUUUUCCACUGACAUACCCCCCAACAGAACUGUUGACUUUGUGGCCAGCUGCUACUCCACUGAAAGCUGCAAAUGCAAACUGAGAGACAUCGCAUGUCUCAAGUGUGGUAAUGUUGUGGGCUACCAUGUUGUGGCCCCCUGUAAACCCUGCCUGCUUUCCUGUAACAACGGCCAUUUCUGGAUGUUCAAUAGUGAUGCUGUUUCUACUCUCAACAGACUGGAUUCGACAGGGUUGAAUCUGCUAUUGUGGGGAGAUCUUCCCGAGCUGGAUGACAGUGAGAAUGAAGAAUCAGAAAGCCCAUCAGAGGAGGAGUGUAUUAGGUAGAGAGGUGAAUGGACAAUGUGAGAGACGAGGAAUGCCAACAUUUAAGAGGCAGAGCUAGAAGAGUGUACAAACCAUGCAGAGAAAACUAUGAAGCCUUAAAGGGUAAUUUAAUACUGUUAAAAUGUGGCAGAAACUUCUGCAGCACAGCUCUUUGUAAGUCUAAAACUUAAACGAUGGUGCACACCUGGCAACACGCCGAUCAGUGAUGUCACAACAGGUAUUCAUUUUGCCUUUUGUUAACUGAUGGAGAUCACCAACUGUGGCAUCAAUGAUCGGCGCAAAGCGUGCACCGAGUAUGAACCCUGAAAACAGGACAAUAAACUGUUUUGCCCUACACGGUUAAGUGUUGAAUUACCCUUUAACUUGUUGCCAUACCGAUCACCACUUUUCACUGUUAAAAGCACAGACAUGCACACUUUCAAACACAAUCCUUCCUCACUUUCGAGUUCAUUUUUUGGUGGACCGUGACCGAGAAUGAUGUACAGCUAGUGCAUUCUGCUUGGCUUUGAUCGGCUUCACGGGCGAUAAGGAGUGUGAGAGUGGAAUCCUCCAGGGAAUGCUGUGUAUUCAAGCUGUUAACAUUUUUUUCAUUUUCUGGAGAAAUGACCAUGACAUUCAGCCACCGUCUUUUUUAUGGCGGUUAUAAUCUGUGCAUUGAACAUGGUGUAAUAAGCCAUGUCUCCAGGCUUAUACUCUUGGUGUGGCUAGCUGCCGACUGAAAAGUUCGGGUGCUUUUGGAGUCGACGUGUGAGAGAAAUAGCACAAUUAGUGAAUGAUGUUUAUCUGUGAGUACCUUGCUUUUGAAGGGCAUAUUUGAUUGAGGUUAUCUUGCCGUCUGGCGUUCUAUCAGCGAUACAUUUUUGAUAUGCUAAUGCAGUGUUCGUUACACAUCUAGCGGCAGCAGUAUUUAUUCAACAUCCAGAUUAAUCUGACUGUAGCGGCAUCUGAUACUAACAUACUAAUUUGUAUCUUUGGUAUGCAUACUUACCCUGAAGCAGCUGAAUUUUAUUGUUGAGAGUUCAAAUGAGGUAACGAAUUCCCAGAUUGAUGAUAUGGGAAGGAUGGAAUGGUAACUAACAGAGGUUAUACCACAUAACGUUUUAUCCUUAAGGAAAAUGGUAGCAUGGCAUUCGUCCAUGUUUCAUUUUACUAUUCAGUUUUAUGUUGCAGCACAAUUGUAGCACCUGAAGAGAAAAAAAUAAUUCAACUCCUAAGAAUCAUGGGACAUAUCAAUUUUGAAUUUAUGGACUGCUAAGAUAGUUGUGUCACAAUGUGCCAGUUUAUUAACACAGCAUUUCAGAAUUCUCAAUUCUCAGCGUUCUGCUAGCCUUACUGUACUUUACUCGAUUUCCCUGAAACUGAACCCCCUGUUGUUAAAACUGUGGAUUUGGCUUGAUGCUGUAUUUUAAAGUUUCUCUUCCGUGCCCUGCUGAUACUUUGAUCAUGUCUUACACUUACAAUCUCUUUGAGAAGAAUAGUAUAAGAUUUGCCUGUAUUUUCAGCAAAUGCUGUUCAAGGAGCUUACAUAGAAUGUUAUCUUUCCUGAAAGAAAUGGAAACAGGAAGUAGGUGUUUGUUUGUUUUUUAAUUUAAAUCAGCCUCUAUAUUGGUUAAUGCUAUAGCUUUAAGUUGUGGUAAAUGCACAAAGAGGUGGAGGAAUUUGUCCAGAUUUUCAUGUUUUUCACCUUAAAGGUAUAACUGACAAACGGCUACACUUGCACGCCAAAUACUGUGGUUUAACUGAUAAUACAGUGCAGCAGCUCUAGGUAUUUAUUAAACCCACAAACCAAAUAUCUAUAACCACAUACUUCCUUUUCGUUUACAAAUUUUGUUUACAAUUGCAUCCGUUUCUGUGUGUUAGUCGUUUUAUUUUAUGUUUCGUUUUUUUUUCAACCCAAAAUUUAAAAAAGUUAGGACAUUGUGUAAGAUGUGAAUAAAAAACAGAAUUUGAAACAUUGAAACCCGAUGUUUAGGAUAAAAAGCAGCAAGACAACAUGUCAAAUGUUGAAACUGGGAAACGUAAUUUUUUUUGGAAAACAUUAUGCCAAGUUGCCGACAACAUGUUUUAAAAAAAAGUCUGGAGACUGGAAACUGUGUUUGUGUUUUAAACAAAAUAGAAUUCUGGGAUUUGAUUGUCUACAGAUAAUGUUAUCAUUAUUGAUAUCUCAUCAAUUUUUGUAUUUGUGCUAUUUUCAAUUAGAUAUGGGGUUUCAAUCAUUUCUGAAUCAGUACAUUCAGUUUUUGACAUUUUACACAACAUCUCAAAGUUUUUUUGAAUUUGUGGUUGUAUUUAAUAUUUCAUUUGCGAUGUAGUGCUUAAUUUUGUACGUUCAAAGUUUGAUGUGUACAGUGUUACCUCAUGAAGGUAUCAUUGCGAGCUUCCUCUGGCUAGGACAAUUGUCAAAAGAUAAUCGAAAUAAUGAUAUAAAUGGCUGUUCCUGAUGUGAAUAACUGAUUAACAUGACCUGCUGAAAAAUGUAUAUUUUGGAAUUGCACUGAAACUGCAUUGGUAGUUUGAGAAGAUACUGUGUUGUUUUAUAUGCUUGUUAAAUUAAUAAACUUUUCUUUUUAAAAAAAUA